UUGCCAGGCUGGUCUCAAACUCCCAAUCUCAAGUGAUCCAUCUGCCUCAGCGUCUCAAGGUGCUGGGGUUACAAGCAUGAACCACCAUGUCCAGGGAGGGGAUGUUUUUUAAUGUACCACUUCUGAUUUUAAUUUGUAUUACCUGGGAGUUAAAAUCUGAAAAAUCGGAUUCUACAAAGAACUUGAAAGAUGUUCUUUCAGGCUGGGCGUGGUGGCUUUUUUAGAUGGCCCCUUCUGCAAGAAAGGCUCUUGACCACUGGCUCUGUGCUCAAGCCUUGGAUAGGGAGAUGGCAGAGAGGAAGGCUGCCUACAAGCAGCACAGAUUCAGGACCUCAUUUGGUUCCCAUGAGGAACAGCAGCUGCAUCCCAACUGAAAACGCAGAGAAGACAAAGGUAAAUGCUGGGGUCAUUUUCACUCUGCCUGUAUCAGGACACUGUAGUCUUUUCCUCCAUCGCCCUCUCCUGGCCUGGCUUCUGCUCCGUGGGUUCUGUGAUACCUUUUCUGUCUGGACUUUUUCAGAAGGAAAAUCUUCCCCAUAAGCUUUCGGCUUCUCCAUUCCCAGCUAGUUAUCUUGAGUGGCACCUCCAGAAGCCAUAAGUGCUUAGGGACUGAGGGCUGAAGGGCUUUUACUGUUCUGUUUCCAGAAAUAACACGAGGAAUGCUGCUGACCUCCACUGCUCUAGGUCUCAUGGCCCAGUGAACUCUGACUGAUUUCUUUUACUCAAGAUGUUGUGGGGUCUAUUUCUCAAAUAUAUACGAUUUUUAAAUAUUUUGCUGUGAUUUUGUUUGUUUUCUUCUGUAAAGUAGGUGAUUAACAUUUGAAAUAUCUGCUGUAUUCCCAGAAGUGAUGAAAGUGAAAACUCAUUAAUCCAACAUUAAUAUGUGCUUUGUGCAAUUCUGAAUGAUCUUCGACAAGGACAAUUCCAUAGUUCAUCACAGUCCCAUUCCUGUUGGGAACUGUGUUGUGCAAAAACGCCUUCACCCCCCUUUGGUGGUGCCCCUGAUCUAAUACUCUAAGUGUCAGAGUUUCCAUAUUUGUAACAGAAAAUAUGCCUCGACUGUGAGUUAGUGAAAGUGAAUGUAACCUAUUACCCACAGCGACAAUUCCCAUCGAAGGCCUUAAAUGAUGCUCAGCUAUGCUGGUUCUCGUGUGUCCUCUGUACCUUCAACAGCUGUCAAGUCCUAUGAUGACACAUGAUGGGAACUGUACACUUGAAAUCAAACACAUUUCUAAAACUUGCUUUUUUUCAGAAUUCCCACCUCAUUUUUCCAUAGACAAAAGUAUUCUUUGUGUCAUAAUGCACUUAAAAUUUGUAUUACCUGGGAGUUAAAAGAAAUGUUCUAGCCAUGCCUAACUGACUUCUGUAUGUUGAUUGUUCUGUCAGAAAACCCUCUCCCAGUUCUCCUGCAUGUCUUCAGGAGUCCAGAUUUCCCCAGAGCCAUUUGUGCUCACAGGUGGCACUCACAGAGUGAAGAAGACCAUUUGUCAAGAAGGGAAGAAGAGGGGAAAUGAGAGGGUUCUGCAAGGAGAGCUGAAAUCAACUUCCACUCUGCCUCCUGCAAGCUGUGUGACCCUGGGCACAUGCUCUCCUUCCUCAGGGAGCUUCUGUUUUCUUAGCAGGGUGGUCACACUGACUUGUAGAGUUCUGACAAUCAGAGACAGAACAUAAAAGGCCUGGUGAACGUCCUCCAAAAAGAAGCUACAACACAUGUGUGGACAAUGGGCUUUUCAUGCCUCUCUUACUCACUGUUUAUCUGAUGCAAGGAGCAUGCUCUGGUGAUGGGGGUGAGGGAGGAAUGAGGAUAGAUAUAGAAACUCCUAUGUCUGAAACAUGCUUCUUCCUUACUGUGUUAUGACUCUGUCUUCCCUGGGGCAGGCCCCCAGCCUGCCUACAUUUGCAGACAGACAGUGGCAUGUGGAGAAAACACUUUGUCCCAAUGAGUUUUCUUCACUCCCCAGUUGUCGGUGGUACUUAGUGGAAGGGUGACUUCUUGACACUAAUGCUGCUAUUUUGAAACCUGGAGGAUGGAAAGGUGCAAAAAACUAUCAGCAGCAACAUAAGGUGCAGACUGUGUUGUUGGUGGUGGUUCUGUCCGUCAAAUUAAUGUUUCAAAACAUUUCCUCCUUCUGCCUGCAGGUUAACAUGGCUGCAGCACAGCAUCAUCGUUGCUCAGGAUUGCCCUACUCACCCUACCUCAUGGAUGACCCUUCAAGAACCACUGAUGAGUUGCCGGCCACCUCCUCCAUCUGGGUGUCACCUGAGAGCUCAAACAUUCCCAUCAAUGAUAAUCUUUUCAGACCACAGACACCACCACUCAGGGGUCUUCUGUAUCCCCUGGGACCUCAACUACCUAUUUCAAUAGAGUGUCUUCUGGUAUCUCUUCACCUUCUUGAUGAUUUUCCAAGACCACAGACACCUCUACCUGAGUGUACUCUAGUACCUCUACCACCAUCUUCAGCUGAAGAUUUUCUAAGACCCAACACACCUCAACCUGAGUGUCCUCUGUUAUCUCUACCGCCAUCUCCAGCGGAAGGUGUUCCAGGAUCUCACACACCUCCACUUGAGUGUUCUCUGAUAUUUCUACCACCAUCUCAAGCUGAUUUUCUGAGACCACACACCUCCACCCGAGUGUAAUCUGUUACCUGUAGCACCUUCUUCAGCUAAUGAUUUUCUGAGACCACAGGCAACUCCACCACUUGAGUGUUUUCUGGGACCUCAACCUCCUAUUUCACUCACGUAUCCUCUAGGACUUCAACCAUCUACUUUACUUGAGUGUCCUGUGCCACCUCAACCAUCUCCAAGUGAAGAUUCUCUGGGACCACAGUCACCUCCUCCAGUUAAGUGCUUUCUGGUAUCUCCAUCUUCUCCAGCUGGUGAUCUUCUGAAACCACAGACACCUCCAGCAAUUGAGUGUCCUCUGGGACCUCCUUCAUGUCUUCCGGCUGUUUGUUUUGUGGGACCUCCAUCACCUCCUCCAGCUGCAUCGCCUAUGGGACUUCAUCCACCUCAUCCAGCUGUCUGUCCUUAGGUACCUCAACCACCUCAUCCUGCUAUCUGUCCUGGGGGACCCCAUACACCUCAUUCAGGUGUCUGUCCUGUGGAACCCCAUCCACCUCAUUCAGGUGUCCUGGGGGACUUCAACCACCUCAUCCAGCUGUCUGUCCUGGGGGACCUCAUCUACCUUAUCCAGGUUUCUGUCCUGUGGGACUGCAUCAACCACAUUCAUCUGUCUGUCCUGGGGGACCCCAUUCACCUCAUAUACCUGUCUGUCCUGGGGACCUUAUUCACCUCAUCCAUGUGUCUGUCCUGGGGGACCUUAUCCACCUCAUCCAGGUGUCUGUCCUGGGGCACCUCCUCUUCUUCCUCCAGCAGUGUGGCCUCUGGGACCUCAGCCUAAUUCUCUACUUAGUGGCCACUGGAACCUUGGCCACCUUCUCUACCUUGGUGGCCUCUGGCCCCUUAGCUACCACCUUCACAUGAGUGGCCUCUGGAACCUCAGCCACCUUCUCUACCUUGGUGGCCUCCCUUAGCUAUCACUUUAAAAUGAGUCUUCUCUAGUACCUAAAUAAUCUACUCAUGACCUCUCAGCCCUCAGCCACCUCCUUCACCUAGGUCUUCUCUAGUACUUCAGCGAACUCCUUCGCUUGGCUGACCUGCUGUCUCAACCAACACUCAAUCUUCACCUGAGUGUCCUCUUGGACUUCAGCCCCCUCCUCUAGUCAUGUGGCCUCUGAGACCUUGACCAAGACCUCUAAAUGCACCACUUGAUGUGUUGAUUUGAACAGUAUAAUUU